CCGCGCGCGACGUCUGCGGUUCGGUCGCUUCCUCCUGGCUGGUGGGUUGCAGCCAUGGAGGGGGAGCCUCCACCUGUGGAGGAGCGGCGGCAGCUGCAGGAGGAGCUGAGCGAGUUCGUGGAGAGCUGCUGCCGGACGCUGGAGGAGGUGACGACGUCCCUGGGCUGGGACCUGGAUAGUCUGGAUCCCGGGGAAGAGGAGGCGGCGGAGGAUGAAGUUGUGAUAUGUCCUUAUGAUUCCAAUCAUCACAUGCCUAAAUCGUCUUUAGCAAAGCAUGUGGCAUCUUGUAGAUUGAGGAAAAUGGGCUAUACCAAAGAAGAAGAGGGUGAAAUGUAUAAUGCUGAGUUUUUCUAUGAGAAUGUGAAGAUACCUUCAAUUACUUUGAAUAAGGACUCACAAUUCCAGAUAAUUAAACAAGCUAGAACUGCAGCUGGGAAAGACAGUGAUUGUUAUAAUCAAAGGAUUUAUUCUUCAUUGCCUGUUGAAGUUCCUCUGAAUCACAAACGGUUUGUUUGUGAUCUAACUCAAGCUGAUCGUCUUGCCCUGUAUGAUUUCGUAGUUGAGGAGACAAAGAAAAAGCGCUCUGAUUCUCAGAUCAUUGAAAAUGAUAGUGAUCUCUUUGUAGACUUGGCUGCCAAAAUCAAUCAAGAUAAUAGUCGAAAAAGUCCAAAAUCCUAUCUUGAAAUUCUGGCAGAAGUAAGAGAUUAUAAAAGAAGACGCCAGUCCUAUAGAGCUAAGAAUGUUCACAUAACCAAGAAAUCCUAUACUGAGGUGAUUCGAGAUGUGAUAAAUGUGCACAUGGAAGAACUCAGCAAUCACUGGCAAGAAGAGCAAGAGAAAACAGACGAUGAUGCUGAAAAGAAUGAAGAAAGGAGAUCAGGUUCAGUAGAUUCACGACAGUCUGGUGGAAGCUAUUUGGAUGCUGAGUGUUCACGACAUAGAAGGGAUCGGAGUAGAAGCCCACAUAAACGAAAAAGAAAUAAAGAUAAGGAUAAAAACUGUGAGUCGAGAAGAAGGAAAGAGAGGGAUGGGGAAAGACAUCAUAGUCAUAAAAGAAGAAAGCAAAAAAUAUAAAUGAAGUACUUGUACAUGUAUUAAUUAUGCUUAUGCCAUGAUAACCAAUAUGCUGAUAUAUUAAUUGGAAUUGCUUUGCAUAGGAGAAUGUUUUUAUGAUCUGUUUAGUGCUUAUUAUUUUCCAAUAAAUAUACUUCAAACCGUUAGUACACUCUUAUGCCCUACAACUUUGUUUUCCUUAUAUUUUAAUAGAUGGUUUGCUUCCUAUAACUGAUCUUGUUUUGUUCUUUUUUGCUUAUAUAUGUAUCUCAAAAUUCUUUAAAAAAUCAAUAUUUAUCAUAUGUAAAUUAAACAUGAAUAUAUUCUCAUUGCAAAAAACUACAUCUUAUAAAUAAGGCUAACCCUUUGAACACUGUCUGCAGUUCCUGUCGUCACGCCAGUGGUGACUACUGUUUACCACUACACUGGUGAAUUGUAAUAGGGAAAAACAAUCUAAAUAUUGAAGAGAAAUGGCCUGACAAAUAAAAUAUAAUGUAGUCAUAGGAUAGAUUACUGUAUUAGAGUUAAAAGAAGUAAUCUAGAUCCAUAUUAACCUGGAUUGGUCUCAGAAACAUAGUGCUCAGUGAAAAUAACAAGUUAUAGAAAGUUAUAUACAAAGUAUAUAUACAUACAAAACAAUACUGUGCAUUUUCUCUGGCUAUAUAAUGUAUGUAAAUAUAUUUUUAAAGGUUCAGAAGAAUCCAUACCAAAGUUGUAACAGCGAGUAGGGGGUAUAGAUGAGAGAUUGGGGUGCAAAUCAGGAUUGAGAGAGUGGUCAAAGGGAACUUUAGCUUUAUCCAUAACACAUUAAUU